AAAGCGCCAUUAAGUUGGAAGUGAAAGGCGCAGAAGAAUACAUCCGACUACUUUUGUGUUUGCUUCCGUGGUGUUUGGAUCAAAAAUGCUUUAAAGAUCUACAGCUAGCUGAUUAUUAUUAACAUCUCUGCACUGUAGUUUUUUCCCAAAACGGUAUAAAAUCUUUUUUUUUUUUUUUUGUGACAAUGUGCAACGGCUGCGUGCAAAAACAAUUCCCCGAUCGGGGCCACACUUGUUUGGAAGAUGGCUCCUACCUGAUGAACUACCUGGGCUGUGCCAGCUGCAACCACAGGGACUUCGUGUUGGUUGCCAAUAAAGUCGGGGAGGAUUACGCCGGAGAGGAGGUCGUCACCUAUGACCAUCUUUGUAAAAACUGCAACCACGUCAUCGCCAGACAUGAAUAUACAUUUGCUGUUGUCGAUGAAUAUCAGGAGUACACAAUGCUUUGCAUGCUUUGUGGUAAAGCAGAGGACUCCAUUAGCGUGUUGCCAGAUGACCCCGGACAGAACACCCCGCUCUUCUAGACCAGACAAUACACCAAAAGUGGAGAUAUCCAUUUCUGUCAGAAGAAUUUUAUCUAAGUUAUCACAAAAUUUUGUGUUAAGACAAAAGCUGUCUUUGAUCCUACCAAGAAGGCGGCUUGUAAAAACUCCACUGUGUAGGAUGGGGAGCGACAUGAGGGUUCUGUUUCUUUAAUGUAUUCUAAUCCACAGAAAUAUUUUGUCUUGACCCGGGAAUUACAAAGCGGGGAGGAAGCAGGACCAGACUCCCCUUCUUUGAACUGUUUUACAACCUUUUCUUUGCACUGUUUUAAUUAAGGGCGAUGGCUGUUUACGACCCCCCUCCCUUAGAAACAACUGUUGCCAUGUAAUCAGGAAAAGUCCAAAUCAUUUAGUAAAAAUAUUUAGUUUAUUUAUACCUGCAUUGUCCUUUCCAUCCUUACACUUUCCCAUCAUUGUAACUGAGCUACUGUGUGGAACAAUUUCCUUUGUGGAUCACCCUUGUUUACCUGUAUGUCAUCUUUUUUGUAAGGGGCGCUGGAAGCCGGUAGACCCGUCAGCGAUCCUGUUCUGUCUCCCUGUAAUGUUUGUCUGAUCUUGAAUGGGAUUGUGCUGAAAAUUUUAAUUUUCCUGAAGGAACUCUCCUGAUGGAAUAAAUAAAGUACUAUCUAAUCUAA